GAUAAAGAAAAUCUCCGAAGAACCGCUGGCCAUUCUAACUACACACAAGCACUGGGACCACAGUGGUGGGAAUAGAACCAUGAGGAAGACGUUCCCCAAACUCCGGGUCUACGGUGGGGCGUUGGAUCACGUGCCAGAUAGCACCCAUGUGGUCAAUGACAACGAUAAGGUCGAGUAG